CUUUCGAUACGAACGGAACUACCCAUAGCAAAGAUAAUGGCGGUACGUAUAUAUCUUGUCCUGGUUUUUAUUCUUCACACGACGCAUGGAGAACAGACACAGACCGGAAUCUGUAAAGAUGUUUUACAAGGUUACCUGACAGGGAAACUUUCGUAUCAGGUAGAGACCUUAAAACAGGAAUUCAAAAGCUUCAAAGACGUCAUCAACGUCAUUGAGGAAUCGAUGAAAAAGUUCAAGGACGCAGUUAAUGCUAGCAUACAGGAAGGAGGUACUGGAAAAAGAGACAUUAUAUAUACAAGAUGGGGAAAGAAAACGUGUCCUUCAAACGCAAAAUUAGUCUAUUCAGGAUUCGUCGGAGGAUCGAAUCCUGGUCAUUCAGGAUCAGCUGUAGAACCUCUUUGUUUACCACGGGACCCAGAGUGGGGGCUGUACAAGGAUGGAUUUGAAGGAGAUAAAGCUUACGUAUUCGGAGCAGAGUACGAAUCAUACACCUUUACAAGUCACUUUACUUCCCUACAUAAUCAUGAUGUACCGUGUGCCGUGUGCCUUGUUCAAAAUAGAUCUGUAGUAAAAAUGUUUCCAG